AAGAAAAGGCAUCCCAUCACCAGAUUUCGAUAUGACUUCCCAGAAUGCGCCUUGUGCAGGCUGUUCCACGUAUAUCUUGACCGAGUUGGAUACAGCGGUUCGACUCGACCAGUGUUACAUGCGUGCCCCUUCCUGCGAGCCUCGUAAAUCGUCAAAUAUGGUAGUCGUGCUGGUAAAGAAGCGUUGCGUCGAGAUAUCUCCUGUCUCAAGCUCCUAUCAAGGACCUGCAACGGUUCAUCUUUUGCGUCAAGAAGGUUGAUAAGGAGAACUUUAUACUUUCGCCGCAGCUUGUCGGGCAACGAGCCGACCUAAUACGCUGCAAAGAUCGGGUGAGCUAUUGCCAAGGACACCACAGCAAGUCAUGCAGAUAUUCGGGUUCUCCACCAAAAAGUCUGCCAUUGCAGUGGAUGUCUCGUCUCAAGAACCUUAUGUCGCGCUGAGCUAUGUUUGGGGAGCCAAUCAAGGACAUGGCUUUCCACAAACAAUCAAAGACGCCAUCGAAGUCACCAAAACCCUCGGACAUCAAUAUCUCUGGGUGGACAGGUACUGCAUCAAGCAAGAAUCUGUCGAGAAGCAUCAGCGGAUCAACCAAAUUGAUAUUGUCUACCAGGCGGUAGAUGUCACUAUCAACGCUGCGGCAGGUACCAAUGCCAACUUUGGACUUCCCGGUGCAUCAAAGCCCUGUAAAGACAAACAACAUGGUCAACCCGUGCCUGGACUAUACAAGAGGCGUAUCUAUCACGACUUCGGCUCGUGUUCACGCUUGACGAAGUCUACUUUGAGUGUGGAGCGAUGAACUGUUGUGAAAGCCUUCUCGAAGACCAGCGCCUUCUUCACGUGCAAACCAAAACUCGAGUUAGGUACUACCACCACGCUGGUAUCUUCUCGGGCGAAAGGAUGAGUGUCGAGCGACCCACAUCGCAAGCAGAUCGUACGGAAACAAUCCAACGAAGUGCUCUCAGCAGUCUUAUCAAACAGUAUACCUUGAGAAAGCUCUCGUAUGAGAGUGAUUCUUUCAAUGCAUUUCGGGGCAUCAUGAAGCAAUUCCAGACACGUAACACCUCGCUGCGCCACAUAUGGGGU